AUCAGAGGAAGUUAACACCCACAGGAUGAGCUGAUGAUGUUUAAAUAAAGAGCUGUAAAUAUAGAAUGAAAAGAAAGACGGACAGAAACAGAAAAUGUCUGAUAAGAGUCACAUGUGUCUGCUGGGACUGAUCACUCUCUCUGCACUUCUCUCAGGUAGCAGUGGAGCAGAAGUGACUCAUGUGUUCUGCAGUUCUGGUGAAAAUGUCCGUCUGUCCUGUAAUAAUGCUCUUUCUGGCUGCACAUCAACUGCAUGGAUCUAUGACAGACAUUCAGAGACAGUUGAACUGAUUGCUGGAGGAAUAAAGAAGAAAUACAUAGAGAGACAUGAGAGACUGAGUCUGGGCUCUGACUGCUCUCUGAACAUCAAGAACAUCACAAAAGAAGAUCGUGGAUUGUACUCCUGCCGACAAUAUGUGAAUGGAGUACAACAAGGAACUGAUGCACUUGUUUAUCUGCAUGUUCUUCAUGUCUCUUCAUCAUCCUCACAGUCUGAGAUCAGAUCAGGCCGCUCUGUGACUCUCUCCUGUCAGUUAUAUUAUGAUCGAGUCUCUUGUGAUACUUUGGUUGGUUCUGAGGGAAUUGAUCUGAUCUGGGUGAAUCAGGCUGGUGUGAAUCUGCAGACAGACUCCAGAUUUCAGAUAUUCUCCUCAGAACAGUGUCUCAGCUCUCUGACUACAACACUCCUGAAUGAAGAUCACAACAGAGAGUGGAGAUGUCAGGUUACACAGAGAAACCAGCUGAAGACCUCAGCCACAUAUACUGUCAAGUAUUCAGCUCCGACCGAAACAAAGACACCGUCUCCAGUCACCAGCUCUACAUCAGCUGCAGCUCCUACACAACCAGGUGUAAAGGAUUCAACACUGAUUCCAGUCAGCAGCUCAAACUCUGAGAAAUCAAGCCAAACUACAGCAGCUCCUACAACACAAGAUACAGCUGUCAUAUCAGAAACUGUGUUCUCUAUGAAUGCUGGAUUAUUAAUCAGAGUGAUUGUGAUUAUUGUUGAGAUCGCAGUGUUUGCUGCUCCUACUGUGAUUCUUCUUCAGAUCAUCUGUGUGAGAAGAGCUGGAAGGAAGACCUCUCACCACCCGACGGAAAUAGAGAUGUCUACAGUAUUACAAUGAAACACCUUCUAUAAACAUAAUAUAAAGAUUACAGCAAGAUUUAUUUUAAUGUUUAUGGAUAUUAUAGAUAUUUGCUACAGCUUUGAAUGUCAUUUUCCAGUACUGCAUACUGUACAGACUGCUUUAAUAUGAUAUUAAAUACAGUCAUCAUCAAAGCGUGGCAUGUACCUUAAUAAACAUGUAUAGUUAUUAACACAGAUAUCAUAAUUAUAAUUUUAUUUUUAUAUUUAAAAUAAAUUAAACUCUUACAAAAAGAUUAUCACAUGAUAUAACAGAUUAGUAUCCUUUCAAUGCAGAGACAAAACCUUACUUAUGUUUCGUCUGAACCCUAAAUAAGCAAAUACAUGAAGGAUUGUAUUCCUCACCCACAACAUUCAACAUGAUUAUAUGUUAAGUAUUGUAAGUAUAAAUAUAAAUUCACAAUUUGAAAA